CGUAUUUUUCAUGGAUUUUGGAGCUUAACAAUAUGAACAAUUCAGAAGUAGGAAAAGGAAAGUCAUCAAAAAUUCGUCGAAUGAAUGUGGCGAGCUCUAAAAUGUUAACUGAUCGCGAUUCAAAUGAUGGCUGCGAAAGGUGUAAGAACUUGGCAAAGUUGUUCUCCGAAAAAAUCGCUAAAUUAACAGAAUUAAUCGAAAAGCAAAACAAGUUCGUUGUUGGUGUUCUGGCGGAGCACACUGUACUUUUGGAGCAGGUGACAAACAAAGAAAAGGGCGCUGCUGCAGCUGCUUCACGAUUUCCUCUUAAAACAGAUGAGGACAUUGCAAAAUUGGAGGGUGAAAUAAACGACAUCAAUCGGGACUGUUACAUUGCAGCAGUACAAUAUUUGCUCCAGGGGGAGGUUGGCAAAAACUUCGAAAAGGUCUUCUCAAGAAGCCUUUAUCUCCAAUGUAAUAUAUAUGGAAUCGCAGGAAAAAAGUGCCUUAAGGACUUUUCCGAGGUGUUUACCGUUUUAAAAAAAGCCAUUGGGAAAACCUCGGUCGAUGCAGAAGCCGAAAUACGCAAGGCUCUCCAAGUCGUCAAAAAACGGCACUUCCGCAUGGUUUCUUUUGCAAAAUCAUAAAUGGAUGCACUUCGAAAUCUAUUAUUUUUGAAUAGUAUUUAACUUAUUUCAAUUAAUGCAUUUUUCUCAUUACUUACUUACUUUAUACUAUUAUUAAU